AUGACAUUUAUACUUGGUGCUUUAUUCUUUCUCCUGACGUUUCCCUGUGCCGUUCAGGUUGUCUAUUGCUUGCGCUUUUCUUCUGUCAAAACAGAUUCAUGUGCAAGUCUCAGUCCAAUUAAAAGAAUAUCACAUGGAUAUAUUCAUAUAAACUUGAAUUUAUGGUGUGUCUCCGCGACCAUGGCGGUGGCGCUACUUCUCAUUUACAAGGUUCCCUAGGCCUCUGCCCAAAGAAAGAAGGAGAUGGUGCUAUCUGAGAAAGUUAGUCAGCUAAUGGAGUGGACCAAUAAAAGACCUGUAAUAAGAAUGAAUGGAGACAAGUUCCGUCGUCUUGUUAAAGCCCCACCGAGAAAUUACUCUGUUAUUGUCAUGUUCACUGCUCUCCAACUUCACAGACAGUGUGUUGUUUGCAAGCAAGCUGAUGAGGAAUUCCAGAUCCUGGCAAACUCUUGGCGAUACUCCAGUGCAUUUAUCAACAGGAUAUUUUUUGCCAUGGUGGAUUUUGAUGAAGGUUCUGAUGUAUUUCAAAUGCUAAACAUGAAUUCAGCUCCAACUUUCAUCAACUUUCCUGCAAAAGGAAAACCCAAGCGAGGUGAUACAUACGAAUUGCAGGUGAGAGGUUUUUCGGCAGAGCAGAUUGCCCGAAGGAUCGCAGACAGAACGGACGUCAACAUUAGAGUAAUUAGACCCCCAAAUUAUGCUGGACCCCUUAUGCUGGGAUUACUUUUGGCUGUUAUUGGUGGACUUGUGUAUCUUCGAAGAAGCAAUAUGGAAUUUCUCUUUAAUAAAACUGGAUGGGCUUUUGCAGCUUUGUGUUUUGUGCUUGCUAUGACAUCUGGUCAAAUGUGGAACCAUAUAAGAGGACCACCAUAUGCUCAUAAGAAUCCCCACACAGGACAUGUGAAUUAUAUCCAUGGAAGCAGCCAAGCCCAGUUUGUAGCUGAAACACACAUUGUUCUUCUGUUCAAUGGUGGGGUUACCUUAGGGAUGGUGCUUUUAUGUGAAGCUGCUACCUCGGACAUGGAUAUCGGGAAGCGAAAGAUAAUGUGUGUGGCUGGCAUUGGGCUUGUUGUAUUAUUUUUCAGUUGGAUGCUUUCUAUUUUCAGAUCAAAAUAUCAUGGCUAUCCAUACAGCUUUCUGAUGAGUUAAAAACGAUUGCAGAGAUAUGUAGACACUAUAAUGGAAAUUGGAAAACGUGUGUUUGAAAAGAAGAAUGCAACUUGUGUAUUUUGUAAUACCUCUUUUUUUCAAGUGAUUUAAAUAGUUACUCAUUUAACCAAAGAAGAUGUGUAGUGCCUUAACAAGCA